ACGUUUCUUAUCUCAAUAGAUUGGUAUCAGCCUCUCUCACCAUGCAAGGCCUCGACCGGGAUGUCUUCGUACCUCGCUCUAUGGUGGGAAUGUCUUCUCCUGGGGGAUGGGGCAAGAGGGACAGCUUGGACUUGGAGAGGACGGGAUUCAUAUCUCCACUCCUUGUCUUCUCAGCUAUUCUCAGCUCGCUGAGGUCACACAGAUACAAGCAGGGGACAGCUACAGUGCAGCCAUCACAGCAGGUGGAGAGCUGCUUCUCUGGGGUCAGAUCCCCUGUGUGUCCCGGGUCAGUGAUCAUCCAGGCCUCAAAAAGCUCUGGACCCCACAGCCUGUUCCACUGGCAGGCAGAAAGGUGUGUGAUGUGGCCUGUGGUACCUGGCAUAUGAUGGCCCUCACCACAACAAGCCAAGAGAAGAACAGUGAAUGUGCUCACUCAGAAACUGAAGCUCGCUUCAGAGACCUUGUCAGUGAUCCCCUGCCGACGGAGCACACCGAGAAAGAAAACACAGUGCAAGGCUCCAGGCAGGUUCAACACAAGCUGCUUCACGGUCUGGAGAGACCAGAGGGCUCUGAUGAGUACGAGAAGGAUGAAGAAAGUGAGAGUGCAGAGGAAGACGAAAGACUAAACAAAGAGGAGGGAGAUGGAGCGUUACACAAAUCAACGUUUGCCAUUGCCAGGUCUGCAACGGGGAUGGACAGGAGAGGAAAUGGCCACUCAUCAAUCAAAUCUGACCAAGGGGAUGAGAGGGAGAGUUGCAGGACAGCUGCAUCGUGGGAGCUAAGGAAAGAACCAUGCAGAAGCAGAGAAAGCAGAGAUGUUGUAUUCACCACUUUGCAUCUGUUACCCAGGUCAGAAGGAGAGCAAUGCAGCCCCACUGCCAGCAGCUUGCCCCGGCUACUCACAGGACAUCAAGCUCAUAGCAGGAUUUUAGAUGAGGUUCGGAUGGUGAGAUCUACACAUCUAACUGAAUUGGUCCAGAGAUCUGAAAGUGACAGCAGCAUUUUGCAGAGUCCCAGGCUCAGACCCAAACCCACCCCUCCUGGGAGAUGUACAGGUCGUGGUGGCUCUUUUCACCGUUCAAGAAUUAGACCACACACUGGCCUCAAGUGUCCCAUUGACAAUUCUUCACCCAGUCUGAGCCUUGGGCAACAAGCUCAGAUGUCCCCCCCUUCCUUCCACCCAGGACUGUAACCUCUCUAUCACCAACUCCUUCCUCUUCUGAACUAUUCAGGUACUGUCCUAAACACAGAAGAGCUCUAUCUUCCCUUGGCACUUCGCGGAAGAAUCUAUAAGAAUUUACAGAUCCAGUUCUCUCCAACAGUAGAAUUUAUCUGAUGUUGUAAUGUUUGAAAGAUGUAUAUUUUCCCUUUUCUGUCAGGUUAUGUGAAUUAAUUGAAAAGCAAAAUAUGUUCAUCAUUUAGCCACCCAGAUAAUACACAGCUCAUCCAUAAAGCCAUCAGCGUCCAAAGCAUUUUUACCCAAUAGCCUUGAGAAAUGACUGGCUAUGGAAAGAAAAUGUGCACUCUAUUCUCUACUUGAUAAUGCUUUGCUGUACACCACAUACACAGUUAAACACUUUUGGCUCCAAGGUGACUGACAAACAGCCUCUUUUACUUUGUAAGAGCUCCCUAAAACAGACUCCAGAUCAGCAUUAAUGGGCUCCACUUUACCCCACACUGUGAUUUGGCAAAUACAUAUACUCCUCUUACAAACCGUCUCAGUCAACAACCACUCCUGAACCUUGACCUCAUCUGAAGGCAUUAGACUUUGGUCUUGCAGUCAAAGCUGUGUGUAGGAGCUGCAGAGUCCUUGAAUCAGCACAUUACAACAGAACUUGAGAGGGUUUUUUACCCUAUGUACUACUGCGUACUACUGAGACACAUUUCUUUUUAAUACUUACAAUAUGUUGUUUAUUAAAGACAAAACGCCCUCUCAGAUCUUGGCCUCUUGUAAGAUAUUUCACGGUGGAGUGUUUUCAUGGCUGCCUCUGCAGUAUGAGUCACAUGUGCAUGCUACUAUGGCUCUUUUGAGUUUGAGUGGAAAUUGCGUUGUUGCAGAGAUAAUACUAUAUGAUGAGGCUUCUCAAAGAAGUAGGAUUAUUACAGCUUCUUUUGAGUCUGCUCUGUUUUUUUUAAAUGUUUUUUAGAGAGAUGUCCUCCUUGCACACAGGUAGCAAACAGGUCCUGUGCCACAAUGCAGACCACAACUACAUGGUCAUUCCUAUUGUCAUGAUUUCCAUGUAAGUGGAGCAUGUGAUUUUAUAUUUUGAUUAUCUACAGUGCGUUCAACAAAAAGGACCUUUUGUCAAUUACUUGGCACUGUGUAACACAUUGGCGUUGGUGUUUGGUUAGAGACAACACUCCACGUGCCGAGUGAAAGUAAAAUGAUUUCUCAGUAAUAUUACUUUUGAAUACCAAGUAAUGCAGUAAUACUUAAUAUUUAAUCACUUUAAGCACGGAUUUUACAAUACGAAUCAUGGUAGAACAUUCUCAAUCAGUGUGUAUAAGUUAUGAGUCAUGUUUAAAUAUUGAAUGGAUAUGCUGUUAUUUCUGUUUGCUUUCAUCACAGUCGUCAGUUCACUUGGAUUUAAAGAAUGAAUAUGGACAUCAAGGGCCCUAUCUUGCACAUGGUGCAGCGCAGUGCAGAGCAAAGCCCGAUGCAAGUGUCUUUGCUAGUUUAGGACCGACGCAGUUGUC